AUGCUCGUGGAUGCAACGGCUCAAGCCCUGCUCAACGAGGCGGACAGCGCGGACGGUGGGACCAGGGGGUCGACCAUAAAAACCUGCGCCAACAAUGCUUGCUAUUUCAACGCCGUUGCGUUGGGGGGGGUUGGUGCCAGGUACAAAACCCCUGACGAAGCGCUGGAGCUGUCUCUGUCGGUGCGUGUAGCCGUAAUCCGGGCGGCCCUAGUACAUUUGCAGACAUUCAUCAGCGGUCCUGGGUACGGUGGCUUCUACUGUACGCUGCAGGCGUAUUCCGCGAAAGAAGUUGAGGGCGCUUGGAGGCUCGGGUACAGCACUCCUGAGGUCUUGACAGAGAGCGUAGCGAGAGUUCUGUACCUGCUUGCCGUGCGAGAGGUCGCUUGCGAGUUCAGCGACAGCCAACAGGCGGCCAUACCGUGGACAGCACAAGCAUUUGGGGUGGAGAUGCGGUGCUUUCACCCAGGGCAGGACUUCCUGAAGAAUCGGCAGCACCACGACGGCGUUUUUUCUGUUUUGUGCCAGUACAUUCGUGGGAAGUUCGAAAGUAUUCGCGCCAAAAAGUCCAACAACACGGCUAUGACGCCGUGGGAGGAUUGUCUGGGAAACUUGAGGUUACUAAUUGACGGCGAGCCCAUCCUGUCUCAGGAUUUUUUGGAGACGUUACAUUUUAAGUCGUGGCACAACGACAAAGACAGCUUGAUAAUUGGUGACGAGGGCAACGGUAUAGGAGAAGGGGAACUCCAGGCCCUACACCACGCCUACCUGGUCGGUCGAACAGCGGGCCCGCUGACGGGGGAGGGUGGCGGUAGUAGCUCCGAGAAUAACCAAGAGGGACAAGGGGAAACACCACCCGUUCGGGUCGAGGUAGUAUCUAUCCACAGGGACGUUUGGGUAGCAGCCCUUCUCGCGUAUGCCCUUUACCCGCACAUUCGAAUAGUUCGAGUGGUAGUGCGACAACAGAGUGGGUUGAAUGAUGAAGCCGUCGUUAACUGCAUCGACGUGCUUGAACUUUUCGAGGCCCUGGCCAAAAUGGAGAAUUGGCCGCAUUCGUUCACCGGUUUGCAGAGGUGCUUGCCGGUGAUUGCCUCGUACAUGCUCAACGGCACUGACUUCACUCCGACGCUUUCCGGCUUGAGUUCUUUCUUCAUGUUCCAGUCAUACUUCGAGUUAGCGAAGAAUGCUGAAAACCACCAGUUUGUCAAGGCCCUGGGCACCGAAUUAAUAGAGGAUGGGGAAGGGGAGGUUGAUGAUACGAGGAGGUGGGUCGAAGCGAUUCAGGAGCGAACUGCUGAAAAAUGGUACGGUGCGGGGAACCUCAGCAAAGCCGCCCCGAACUACGAUGCCGCCGAACUUUGCGUCCUCCGGAUGUCAUGGUUGGUAGAGUACUGGCUUUCUGUUGUGCCGAGUGAUUCUCCGGGUUCGGACGCCUCCGCCAGGUACCCCAUUCAAGUUUCCAAAUGGGACGGGAUGUGGUACAUUGAGAAAACGGAGGUUGAAGGUGGUUGUAUGAUGUUGAUGCGCAGGUUCCCUAAGGUCACCAUCUGGCCGGGUGGAUUUGAAACGGUGAAGUGCAUGUGUUCAAGCGCGAAGAGGAAGCGAGGGGGGCACUGCACAAGUUGCGUGUGCAUCACUAAAGGUUUUGGCCAUUGCUCAGAGUUGUGCAAGUGCAAGCUUAAAUGCCGCGAGGAAGAGACGGAAGAAAGUGAGAUGCAGGAAGAUCGUUCAGCUGAAGGAGGACUUGUAGACAUGGGCGAAGAUAGUGACAGUGACAGCGACAGCGACGAGGAACAGUUGCCGGGUAUGUUUGAAGUCUCGAACAAUAACGCCGAGUCGGGUGUUAGUGGCGGCUUGGUUUUAGGUUGUUUCCAGGAGGAUGACGUUCGUGAGUACGAGCAGAUAGCUGAAAACGCGUGGCGGCAUCAUGUAGGACAACCGUUGGAUCUUGUGGGUGCUGGGACUAAUGAAAUGUCCAUUUGAGA